CGAGCGGGGCGGGCGCGGAGCGGCGGCGGCGGCUGCGGGCGCGUCCGGGAGGGAUGUCGGGGACCCGCUGCCAGGCGCUGUACCCCUUCUCCGGGGAGCGGCACCGGCAGGGGCUGCGCUUCGCGGCGGGUGAGCUGAUCACGGUGCUGCAGGUGCCGGACGGCGGCUGGUGGGAAGGGCAGAAGGAGGACGGGCUGCGCGGCUGGUUCCCGGCCAGCUACGUCCAGCUGCUGGAGCAGAAACCCCGAAAGGCAACUCCUCAGCCAGGAGAAGACACCUUGAACGGCCACCUUCCCCCUGGCUGGCAGAGCUACAUGUCUCCCCAGGGUCGCAGGUACUACGUGAACACCUUCACAAAUGAAACGACGUGGGAGCGGCCGAGCAGCGUGCCUGGCACUCCCAAGAGCCCUGUGGCACAGAAGAGUUCUGCAGUGAAUGGCUACUACAUCUCUGGGUCCCCAGGACACCAGCUCGACUCAGGUCACAUGAGCCUCCGAAAACCCAGUGGGGACCCCCAGAGCCCGGGCUCCCCGGCGGCGCCGCGGCGGCAGAGCAAGGAGAGCAGCCUGACGAUCAACUGUGUGACUUUCCCCCACCCUGACAUAAUGCCAGAGCAGCAGUUGCUGAAACCUUCAGAGUGGAGCUACUGUGAUUAUUUCUGGGCAGAUAAGAAGGACUCACAAGGGAACAACACAGUGUCGGGAUUUGAAAUUCUUCUUCAAAAGCAACUUAAAGGGAAACAAAUGCAGAAAGAAAUGGCAGAGUUUGUUCGAGAAAGGAUAAAGAUUGAGGAGGAAUAUGCUAAGAACCUGUCCAAACUGUCUCAGAAUUCCUUGGCUGCUCAGGAAGAAGGCACACUGGGAGAAGCUUGGGCUCAGCUCAAGAAAAGUUUAGCUGAUGAAGCAGAGGUUCAUCUCAAAUUUUCUUCUAAGCUCCAGAGCGAGGUAGAGAAACCCCUGCUCAACUUCAGAGAGAACUUCAAGAAGGACAUGAAGAAGUGCGACCACCACAUCGCGGACCUGCGGAAGCACCUGGCCAGCCGCUACACGGCCGUGGAGAAGGCCCGGAAAGCCUUGACAGAGAGGCAGAAGGAUCUGGAAAUGAAAACACAGCAGCUGGAGGUGAAACUCAGCAACAAGACAGAAGAGGAAAUCAAGAAGGCUCGAAGGAAGUCCACCCAGGCAGGGGAUGACCUGAUGCGCUGUGUGGAUCUUUACAAUCAAGCCCAGUCCAAGUGGUUUGAGGAGAUGGUGACCACCACUCUGGAGCUUGAGAGACUAGAAGUUGAAAGGGUGGAGAUGAUUCGGCAGCAUCUGUGCCAGUACACACAGCUGCGGCACGAGACAGACAUGUUCAACCAAAGUACAGUAGAACUUGUGGAUCAGUUGCUUCGGAAAGUGGAUCCUGCCAAAGACAGGGAACUGUGGGUAAAAGAACACAAAACUGGAGAUAUCCGACCUGUGGACAUGGAAAUAUAGACUGAUCUGUGGUUGGAUGUGAUGAGUCCACUGAAUUAAGCAGGCUAACGUUUGUUUUCAAGGGUCAAAAGAGCAUAGGGAAAAGGUUGUUUCACUACCAGACAGACACCUUGUAAUUUAUGCCUGUAUGGGCUAUCUCUGUUCCAUUUAGUCAUUACAAUGGUCCUCGUUGUGCUAAGCCUUAAGCACCAGACAUUCCAGGGUGAAAAAAACAGAUGUGUGCUUCCCACCAGAGGUUCCCAAUUGCACGCAGCUUCCAGGAGAAAUCUGCUUCCUGGCACAGAAAGUGCCCUGUUCUUCAGUGACUUUGUGCUCCACCCCUUGCAUGACUAUCUCUAUACAGUAUGUUAGAACAAGCAGGCAGAGAGCCUCUGGCCAGCAAGGAGAUAACUGAGUAUGAUGCAGGAGGCAAGGAAGUCCUGAUCACGAAUCCCAGGUCUGUCACUGACUGCUCUCAUGGCCAUAGGCAAGUCAAUUAGCUUUCCUGGCUCCCCCAUUUAUCAAAUCUGUGUAUCCUGCAGCAAUGUUGUGUGAAUACAUUGCUUUCAUACAACACUGUCUUUUCACCAUGGCAGUGAAGUGAUGGCCCUUCUCCCAAAAUCUGUGGAGAAGAUUCCUGUUCUUCCUGUUUUAUACUCCCUCUCAGGGACACAUAAACCCAUUUUCAUGAUUUCUGUUGUCGGCCAGUCGGUAAGUUUGAAAGUGUUACCAUCGCAAUCUUUUAUCAGGAAAGACUUGGUUGUACUAUACCUACCUCAUUAGCUGUCAGAGUGCCCUCAAUGACAGAAGGAGGUCGUAUUCCAAGGAAUAAACGAGAUGUUUAAAAACUCCCCUGCUCAUGCAAGGUGUUUUUCCACAGAAUCUCCUUAAAGACAGUCCUCUAAUAGUUUACUUGGGAUUCAGGUUUAAAUUUCCUUUGUUGGUUUCUUCAGGUGAAUGCCAGAGACUUUAGGUAUUUUUAAUCACCGGGUUUGUCCCGCUAAAUUUUGGCUUUUAUCUUUUUGGAGCCUGAUUUUCAAAGGUGCCAUGACUAUGUGAUGCUAGAUUGCAUUCAGUGUAGAUGUAGGUGCCCAGCACUUCUGUACCAUCAGAGUCUUAGCCUGAGGUUUUUUUCUAUGUUACUGUCCUGGUUUAGGGCAAAUUAUGAGCAUCAUAAAGUCACCCCAGGACAUUUACCCUUACUGCAGACCACCAAAAAUUCAACACUGCUCUUAGCAAAUAGUGUUAUGUAGUUUGGAGACUGGUUUUGAAAAGGUAUUUAUUUUCUUCUGCUGUUAUUUCUGAUUGAGUAUUCAGUGUUGCUGUUAAUGUAUUUUUUCAGCAUUUCAUACAAUGCAAAGAUUCUUCAGAUUCUUGCUUUAGAUCCAGGAGAAAUCUUGAUUCUCACCAUUGUGGCCUUUACUCAGUGUUUACUGUGGUCUUAGCUGCAAUAUCCCAAACCAUACUAUUUCAUUUGAUCCACAGUUUUGCUCCAUUUUAUCUCACUGUUACUGUCCUUUUCUCCCCAGCCCCAGAACUGCAUCCUUCUUUUGUUCUACUACUGUUCCAGGUUUUUGUUCACCAUCCUCCAAAUGCUGGGAUUGGAUCAUUGGGAGUCAGUAUUCCUCUUUACAAAUACAAACUGAGACACAGAAAAGUCUUACCUGAAGCAUGUUUGUAACAUUGCUGCAGUGGUUAUUUUCCUGGUUUAUUAUUUCUAAAUUAUUAUUGCAUUUUUCUGUUGCUCCUUUUUCCCCAGCCAUCUCUUUGCUAGCACAGGUUCAUUCCUGUCUUGCAAAUGCCUUCACAACCCACUCCUCUGCUGCUUCAUUGACCUUUACAAACCUUUAGCAUCCUUUGCUCGUUGGCAGUUGGAGUGCCAUGGCUGCUGCGUGCUCAGGAUCACUGCUCCUGCUGUGACACUUCUGUGCUGCACACUUGGGAAUUUGGACUCCAGUUUUAUUCUUGGUGUUGGAAGAGCACACUGUGGUGUGAGCCUCACCUAAGUUCCUGCACAGAGCACUGCAGCACCAGUUGAAGUGUUUGGUUUGCCUGAGUGUCCUUGAGCUUAGUGAGAGCCUCCCUGGAAUCCUCUUCUCCUUCUUCUGCCCUCAAGCAGGGCAGUUGAUGAUCUCUCCUUUUCAGUCUUUCUACUGAUUCACUCUCUGUCUUACUAAUUCUUGGCCGUAUCAGUGUGUACUUCUAACUCUUGCCUUGCACUUCAGAGGACAGGCACUUUUUUUAUUUUUUUAAGCCACAAGUGCAGGUUGAACUUGGAAAACUUCAGUGGCCAAAAUAAUGUGAAUACAUGAAAGCUGCAUUUCAGGUUGCCCUCUGUUCUAGGCUGUAUUGUAAAUUGGAAUGAGCAAUCUUGACAAUGCCUCAGCACGUUCUUGUUUUGAUUGCAAAACAAAGCUAGUUGUGCACUUUAUACAGUAUUCUCCUUAAUAAAUACCUGAAAUAAUUUGUUAGCAAUUACACUUUAUUUUUCCUCUUUCUUUAAAGAAGUUUGUUACUUUAUCUAUUUUGGACUGGAAAUACUGUCCAUUAGCACAGGUUUCUCUGGGAACUGUAAUGUGUUUUGGUUCCUCUGCUAAGGUGUAUUUAUGCUGCUCUAAACUCUUAGUUGGAGGGUUUGUUGGUUUUGUUUGUUUGAGGUUGGUUUUUUUGUUGUUUUUUUUUUUUUUUUUUACUUGGUGGAGGCUGUGUCUCUUUUUCACUUCAGUGACCAGAGGAGAGCACAGGUACCUGGCUGUUGAUCUUUCCCAGCCCCAGGAGAUGCUGGGUUCUGCUCCACCACAGGUGAGAUGCUUCAUCCACAACACUUCUAUCUGCAUUCAGUGCAAGUUUUGCUGUUGCUUGUAAACAGUUUUCAGCUCAUUUCUUUCAAAAGAUGAUAUUCCCUCUUGAUGUGACCCUGCAGAUCAGUGUUGCCUGGCUCAUUCCCCUCUCUGAUGGAUUUUGGAUAGUGAUGCCUUACAGGUCAGGCUGUGCUGGACUUCCCUUGCUUCUAACAGGCAGCAUCUUCAAAGAGGGAAGUGGCACAUUUAAAGGAGAGCAUGGGUUCCUGCUCUCACAGGUAACUUUGGGAGUUUCAGCAUUGCUCUGUUUGUCUUCCACUGAGUUUCAAAUAUGCAGUGGAGCCCAGUCUGUCUUCAUGCUCAUCCUAAACAGCUGCUUCUCCAGAACAAGAUCAAACUUGUGUUUUAUUGAAAUCCCAGCAUGUGUGGAUGCUGCAUGAUGCUGCUGCAGUGUCACUGGCUAAUGGAAUACCAAAGGAAGUCCCUCACCUCCAGUACUGAGCUUAGGCAUCCUCUCAUUUCACCUGGCAUCUCCCACGCCUGGUGUGAGCUUUUGCUGGUUUAGUCACUGUGGGGGUCAGAUUGGCAGGGUUCUCUCUCAUCUCUGCAUGCUCUGAGGUCACAGAGCAGGUCAGUUCUCAGCACUGUUUGCUUUCACUGCCAGAGGUAGAACAAGGGGGAUUUUCCUCAGGUCCUUAGCAGGUAGCUCUGCUUGCCCAGAUCUGUUAAGCCACCUAUGUUUUGGGAGUGCUGCCACACCUGUGAGCUCCCUCUUGGUCUGAGUGAUGCUUUCACACUCUUGUCCCGUGCUGGAGGGGGCUCUGGCAUUUUCCAUUUCAGCCAGAGCCUUUUGGCCCUUCUCUGGGCUUCCUGAACUCCAUGGCCUCAGAUCGGUGCCAGAGCUGGUGAGGUGCUUGCCAGCUGUACCCUCAGCUGCCCUACAGAAUGAGAGCUUCUUACUCCUCAUCCAGACCUUCCUGCCUGUGUCUUCAAAGCACAGUUGAACAUCUUUCUCUCGAAGGUAUUCUUUCAGCUCAUUUCCUGCCAGAACUCCUUCUGGAUCCAGUGCUGUUGGCUGAUUCCUGUUGGAGUUUAUGAGCUGAAAGCAGUGAGUCCUUUACCACAUGGGCCAAAUGCACUCUUCUCCCACUAGCAGCAAGAUUCCAGUUUCUUUCUUGGAGUAAUAUCCCAAAAAAGCCUAAUUCUCAGUUUGCUCCAGGUUCAGUCAUCUCUGUAACUCACACUUGUUCAUCACUUCUAUGGGUUGAACAUCUUUUGAAAGACUUUGGUUGCUCCCUUAUAGGGACAUUAGUUCAUUAUUGGACACUGGAAUUGUAGAAGAUAGCUUUAAUUUUUUAAAAUUUUAUUUUAAAAUACUGUAACAGCAGUGAAAAUUGUACAGAAAUCCCUGUUAUGUUUCCUUUCCCCCUGUGCAGCUCCUUCUGAGCUGCUGGGGGCAGCUGUGCUCCCCCUUAUUGCACAGAUAAACACUGAAAUCACACUUCUUGAGUGCCUGACAGGCAGCAUGCAACCUUGUGCACUGCUUCUUUUUCCCUUUAUGCAGCUUUUUUUUUUUUGCUUGGGUUAGUUUUUUGGGUUUUUUUUUUUCCCCUAACAGGAAUUUUCUGUGGGGCAUUCACAGGAAACUUCUUUAUGCUUGUAGCAGUCGUAGUUUCUCGGGCUUUGUUAGAACUUCCUAGAAUUGUCCUUGUUUUUAAUGUCAUUAUUGAAAUAUCAGCUGCAAGUUAGGCUUGUUAUAUAGAAAUGGGCAUUCUUCACCUGUUCUUUGGAAGUGCUCAGCACUCAGAGAUUUCUUGGAAUACAACAGGGAGCUAAGAGAUAAGAGUCUUUGAAAAUCAGGCUAACAAACAGAAAUGCACAAGCCUCUUCUUUCCUUAUUCGUACUCAAGUACAUGGAUGAAGUAAAUAUUAAGAAAUGAAAAUAAUUAAGGUGUAGUUGCUCUCUGUGCAGCUCCCAGCAGCUCCAGUAGUGUUCUUGUGUGGUGCUGCAGUCAGAACACACCUCUGGAGUCUGGAACCACAGGUCACCUGCUGGUGCAGCUGUAAAAACUCCAAUCAAAAUAAAAACUCCAAACUCCAUAAUUCAGUGACAAAGUAGCUCUGCCCAUCUAUUUCUUCAGUCACACACAGGGAGAGAAAGGGCACUGCUUACCCAGGUGGGUCCUUCACUACCAAGCACCUUAAGAAAUCCAGACAAGCACUUUGAAGGUCCCCCUGGAAUGAGUAGAUGUGGCUUCUUGAUGUGGUUAUUGGAUGUUUCCUUCUGCACUGAAAGCAGAUUUGCUGUUUCACAGUAUCUCCUGUGCUCUUGUCCACUGGUGCAGCCUGCUGUGUCUGGUCCCAGAGAUGGCAGCAGUGUCCUGAGGGCACUCCUGGUCACCCUGACAUUCCUCUCAUUUGGCAAUUACAUCUCCAAAAGGCAGGGUCAAAAAGGCAGUUUGCAAAAUAAUGAGCUUUUCAGUUCACAGACCUCUCUGGAAAGCCUGCAGGCUUUUUGCUCCCCAGUGUGUGUUGGAAUAGCAGAGUGGCGUGGCAGAGGUUGCUGAAGCAUUGGCUCUGAGGGGUUGCUGCUGUGUGGACCCUCCUGCCAUCCUCUCACAGGGAUGGGGAACAGCCCACAGGCAUCCUGUGUGCACCAGAGGAGCCUGCUGGCCACAUCUAUCUCAACCAGGUGGGCAGGAGUCACAGAUAAAUUCAGAUGAAAGCAGACACAUAGGGCAGGAAGAUGGUUACCUCAGUGGCAUCUCUCCCACACCCUGAUGGGCGUUGAGUAAUGAUGAGUAAGGAGCCCAUCACUGUCCCAGUCCUGCUCAGAACCUGAAAAUCAGUGCUGGAACGUGUCUGUUGCUGACCCAGAGCUGUCCAGCUCACACCUGCUUGCACCCAUGGAAGGCCUGUAGGUGCCAGUGCUGCCCUGGGGGCUGGAGAGGGGCUCUGGCAUUUGGCUGGCCCAGGUCAGGUGUGCUGAGCCUGCUGUGCUUCAGCAGCCUGGAGCACACAGCCCUGCUGAUGCACAGUGGGAAUGAAGUCUUUCCUGGCAGCAAAUCCUCGUCUUUUCCCGAGAAGCACUGUUGUAAGAAUAACACCCACUGCUUUGUCUUGCAGUAGAUUUUAUUCAUAUGAGUGGUGCAUCUUUCAACUCUUCAUUUCCCCCUCUCUGUUGUUAUUGUAGCCAGCUCUUCAUCAGUGAAGUACAACACUUUAAUUUUGAAAUUCCAUAGAGCAUAUCUGUUAUUUCAAUGUGCUAACCAAACUUCACACUUCUGGCUGUUUUCUGAGAGUUUUAAGAGCUUUUUUGGAGAGGUUAUUUUGGGUUUUAUUUUGGAUUUUUUUUUUUUUAAUCUGCCAACAGGUUUGGAAGUGUAAUAACUUCUUUUUGUGCUAGCUGCAGUUUCUUUUUCCUUCCUGGAUGUUUUUUCUGAAGGGACCAACACAUAGCACAAUUCAACCUAAAUUUCUAAUCCCAUGCAUUCCUCAAGGCAGAAACCUUUUGUGCCUAAUGAUGCAUUUGAGUCUAAGAACUGUAUGUGGAUAAAAUCUUUCAUAGACCAAUAAAUAAAAAAAAAAAAAGUCUUAGAUUAACCACAUAAUAAUAACAGAAAAAAACACGUAUAGAUUUGAGACGUUCAGAUUUAAUUCCCUCAACUUACAUUAAGUUGAACUAUUUCAGGUGUGUCAUAAGAGACAAACUCAGUGGAUGUUCAGAAAAAAAGCUUUCCAGCUGCUCUAUCCAGGUUCAGUGAGUGGACAGGACUAUAAUUUUGAAUAUAUGCAGUCUUUUAGGGCUACUGAUUUAACAAGUAACUGAGUAAUGGCUUGUAUCACAACCCUAUUAAAAUUCUGCUAGUAAAUCCCCUUGAAGUGCCUCUUUAAAUAGUAUCUGCUACAAGCAUGUGAAAAAAUACAGAUUUACCCUACAAAUUGCCAAAUCUCAGGAGUGCACAGCUCUGUGCAGGAUUCUCAGCCCCUUCCUUGCUCUGAGCUGUGCACCCUUUUAGGACAGCCACAUCUCCAGGAGACCUGCCUUUGGCUCGGAGAAUUUGCUGUCCAGCUCAGGCAUCCUAAGUUCUCAAUGCUGAAAAUGGAAUAGAAAAAAUAGGACUUAAAAAGUCUUAUUAAAAAGCAACUGCAUUGAAACUAAUCUUUGACCCCAUCCUUGGUCUCAGUAGAAUAAGCAGGGAAAUCUGCAUAAAAAUAGUGUGCAGUGAUAAUUUUGCAUAAAAGAGUUGUUACACUUUAUUCCAUAGAAUUAAUUAAUAAAAAUUAUAAAAGCCCACAACUUUUUUUUUUUUUUUUUUUAAUCCCAGCAGUUGCAGAGAAGACGUGUUCUGGUCCUGGAACUCAAAAGCUGAAUUCAGGGAUUUCAGGGAUCUCACAUCUGCUAACAAAAUAAUCAAAGUCAUGUUAAUCCCAGAAUUUGGGAAUGGUUGGCCUGAAAUCCCUUGUUCCUUUGGAGUUUUUGGAUGAAAUGGCUGAAAUUAUCAGAACAGCCUAAGGAAUUGGGAUGUCCAUCCUCUUUUAGGUCAAAAACUUUCUUUAGGGACAGCAGCCUCUAUCCAUUAUCCAUUACUAGUUGGACAAAAAUUCUUUCUUCUCCUUAGGUGAUUCCCUUGUUUUCUGCAACACAAGACUGUGAGAAUUCCACUGGGCAGUUCUGCAGACCCUGUAGCAGCAGGGAUUCACAGGCAGACACCAGUCAUACACUAAACCAGAGUUUUCUACCAAAAUUAAGUUGCUUAUUUGGUCCUUUUUGUGUAAAUUUUCCUAAAUACUUCUAAAUUUCUAGGAAAGUUGUCUUUUGCCAGUACUAAUGACUUGUUUUUAAAGAUGCUUAACCAAAAUUUUAUAACUUCCCAUAAAUUUUGGCUGACUAGACCCCUUAAAUAGUUUAUUUGUCACACAGCCUCUGUCUGGGUUACUAGUAAAUCUUGGAUCAUUGUGGAAAUUAUGGGAUGGCUUUUGUUCCCUAAGGAUAGAUGAAGGAAUCACUUACUCAACUUAAGUUGAAUGAAGAAAAGAUUUAAGGGGCAGAUCUUCAGCUUGAAUAAACUGGCAGGGUUCAGUGGAAGCUACUUGAUGUCAGCUGUGGAUCUUGUCCUUCAGUGUUGAAGGCAUUUCCUAUAUGUAAUUUUUCUGUCUUACUGUAAAACAAUUUCAUAUGGUUAAACUGUAUUUUCCUAUAUUGUUCUGCAAGUUUAUAUACACCAUAGUGCUCAUCUCAUCUCCUGUAAAAUAAACUGUACAGAGACACAUUGA